AUGCAUGAGGACAUCCUAGCUGAGUCUGGGAACAAGAAGACAGGAAACUCAGACGAGAACCCCAAUCUGUGGAUAGAACGGUGCUUCAACCGCAAAUGCUACAUCACCUUCCUGACUGGCUGCUACAGUUGCCACUGGCAGUACAGAGAGUGGGAAACAGCUGAACUUGGAUCCUGUUGCUGCUCCUGGAAAGAGCAAAUUUCUUAUCUGUGCCUGAUAAUUGCAUUCAUCUUGUCUGUGAUUUUUCUGUUCGUGUGGGCAGAAACCUCCAAUGAAUACAAUGGCUUUGACUGGGUUGUUUAUCUAGGGACAAAACGCUGGUUCUUGUGGUCCAUUAUUAUGUUGAGUACAGCUGGGAUCUUGACUGCCUAUAUUUCCUUGCUUUUGUUAAUUGGGGCUCUUUUGCUCUGGGAAAGGAUUGAACUCUAUCUGCAUGCAUGUCAUAAGGUCCUUGUUUUGCUAGUAAUUGCGCUGUGCUCCUUCUUAUUAGCUGUUUUAAACCAAUACUGGAGGGAUAAGUGGCUGAUAGCUGGGCUCUCACUGAAGAUCUUUGCUCCAUUUGUGCACAUGAGCCUCAUAACUGUGAUGAUGAUCAUUUCCUGGCCUCUAGCCAUCUGUGUGGCCCACUUGGAAUCAGAAGUUAGAAUAAGAAGAUAUCAGAUGGCAAGUUACGAGAGUGAAGUCCCGGAAAGAUGUAAUAUAUUCACAAGGUUAAGAGCUCUACAAAUAGCUGCUGGAUUGCCCUUCCUUCUUAUUCUUUUAUGUAUUUAUUUGAUGCCACUGGGAAUUUAUUCUCCCUGCAUUCUGAAGAAGGAGAAUUUAGGGCCUAAGCCUAAAUUCUUUGGACAUAGAGGUGCACCCAUGUUGGCGCCAGAGAAUACCAUGAUGUCCUUUGAGAAGGCCAUUGAACAUGGUGCCUCUGGCCUGGAGACUGAUGUAUACUUAAGUUGGGAUGAGGUGCCUUUCCUCAUGCAUGACUAUGACCUGAGUAGAACAACCAAUAUCAGAGAGGUCCUACCAUCAUCUGCUUAUAACCAUACUGCCAAUUUCAACUGGACAUUCCUGUCAACUCUGAAUGCUGGCAAAUGGUUCAUAAAGCAUAAGCCGUUUUUUGGCAUGCAACCUUUAUCAGAGGCUGACGAAAGAAGAGCAAGCAGCCAAACAAUUCCAUCGCUGGCUGAGUUAUUGGAACUUGCCAAAAAUGAACAAAAGUUUGUGAUAUUUGACCUUUUCGGCCCUCCACCAAAUCAUCCUCUCAGAAAGAGCUUUGUUCGAAGAGUAGUUAGGGUCAUCCUUGACUCCGCAAUUGAGCAGCAUCUGAUAUUUUGGUUGCCAGGUUAUGAUAGAAGCUAUGUCAGGUUCAUGGCUCCUGGUUUUCAGCAUGUGGGUCGUUUAAGAACCCUCGAGGAGCUUGCAAAAGAGAAUAUGAGUAUAAUAAAUGUUGACUAUAAGAGGUUGUUCUACAGUGGGUUGAGACACUAUAAGGCAGCUAAAAUCCACAUCAAUGUGUACACUGUCAAUGAGCCUUGGCUCUUCUCAUUGGCCUGGUGUUAUAGGAUCAACUCUGUGACCACAGACAACAUCCAGGUCCUGAAUCAGCUUAAUCACCCUCUCUUCUUCAUGACGCCAGGAAACUAUACGUUCAUGUGGUUUUUCAUGGUUACAGCUUCUGUGAUUAUCAUUGGCUUUGUAUUUUGUUAUCACUGGAUAAAAGAGCUUAAAAAAGAAAGGUGGCUUGAAGAAGCCAUCACUGCAUCUACAGCAAAGACCAACACAAGGCCAGAGGGUAAGACACAUGCUUUAUGCCCGCAGGUGGUCGGGGGAUUUUAG